AUGAGCUCCUCACCGCCGCAGAAACCUACCAGCCGACUCUGCGACGCGGUACCUACUUCUCCCUGCCGGAAUGGUUCAACCCCGGACUUCGAGCCGUACGGGUAUGCCCAGCUGCCGGGCAAUACCUCCACCAACUGGCCUGGGAUCAUCGCACGGAAUCCCUACACGGGGCUUAACGAGCCCUACACAGGCCACAUCCCCGUGGUUGACUUUAUAGCUGACCUCAUGGUCCUGCAAAUGGAGAUCCUAGCCUACCAGUACUCCACAGACAUCAUGUGGUGCAACUGUGGUGCCGCAAACGGGACCGCCCCUUUCGCCGCAACCUGGCGGAAUCACGCCCGCGCCCAAAAUCGACAGGUGACGAUCAACUCUCGCUGCGGCAUCGCGGAGGUCGCCGACUUCGACACGCCCGAGUACACAGCGUUCUCUUCCGUGCAGCGCCGCGAGUGGGAGUCCAACCAGGGCAUGGAUCCAUACAGCUACGGCUACAACCGCGCGACGGCAAGAGACUCGUACAUGAACGCGACGAUCAUCGUACACGACCUCGUAGACAUGGUGAGCAAGAAUGGGAAUUUCCUACUCGACAUCGGGCCACGAGCGAAUGGGAGCAUCGUCGAUGUGGAGGCGAGGAAUCUUCGGCUUGCUGGGGAGUGGAUUCAUGCGCAUGCUGAGGCCAUUUUCAACACGACGUAUUGGUUUGUGAUGUCUGAGAUAGCGGACGAAGGUGUGCGGUUUACGCAGACGGAUGAUGCGUUCUAUAUUUUGUUUCUGAAGAAGCCCGGGCCGGUGUUGUAUAUCGAUGCGCUGUUGCCUCUGCUGGAGGGGGGCAUGGUGACGGUCAUCGGAGGGAAAAUUGAUGUGCCUGUAUUAUGGGAGAAAGGACAAGCAGGCUCCCCUGCUUCUGGAUUCACCUUCUACGUCCCCGAGGCAUUAUGGGAGACAGCAGUAUUGCUGGGUUCUGAAGAUUCUGUACCUGGCUAA